AUGAGCUCCAUCGACACAGAACAGAGAUACGAUGUCCUCAUCAUCGGAGCCGGUCUUUCUGGUGUUUGCGCACUUUACAAUUUCCGAAAGCGCUUCCCAACCUGGCGUGUAGGUGUUUUGGAAGGCGCCGACAACGUUGGAGGAACCUGGUAUUGCAACCGCUACCCCGGCGCCCGAGUUGACACUGAGUCUCUUUCCUACGCCUACUCAUGGGACAAAGAUCUUUUGAAUGAAUGGAGCUGGAAAGAUUCCUUCUCGACUCAGGCAGACGUUCUCCGCUACAUUGAGCAUGUGUGUGCCAAACACAACCUAAACAAAGAUAUCCAAUUCAACACACGGGUCAAGACGGCUCGAUGGCAGGAAAAGAACAACACCUGGCUAUUUUGUGAUGAGAAUGGUCAAUUCCACCGGACUCGCUUCUUUGUCAGUUGUAUGGGCUUCCUCUCCACCCCCACGCUCCCUGCUAUUCCCGAUAUCGAGAAGUUCGAAGGCGAAGCCUUUCACACCUCCCGUUGGCCAAAGAACUUUGACAUGGGUCGUGGUUUGGCAAAUAAGCAAAUUGGAGUGAUCGGUACCGGCGCGACUGGUAUCCAAACCAUCACAGCGGUUUCAAAGGAGCCCGUCAAGUCAUUGAGUGUUUUCCAGCGCACUGCCAACUGGUCAGCUCCACUUCGCAACGAGCCUAUUAGUCCACAGCAGAUGGAGCAACAUCGCAGAGACUAUCCCGAUCUAUUCAAGCUAUGCGCCGAGACACCCACUUGUUUCAUGCACCAGGCCGACCCACGAAAGUCCCUCGAAGUAUCCUCGGAAGAGAGACUGGCAUUGUGGGAAGAGAUUUACGCAAAGCCCGGCUUCGCUAAGUGGCUUGGUACGUUCAGCGACACUUACAACAACCGUGAAGCGAACAAACUCUACUCCGACUUCAUGGCCAGUAAGAUCCGAGCCAGAGUUCACGAUCCCAAGAUUGCCGAUAGCUUGAUCCCCAAGAACCACGGUUUCGGCACACGACGAGUUCCUCUCGAGAGCGGCUACUUUGAAGUAUACAACCAGCCCAAUGUACACCUCGUCGAUCUCCAGAAGUCUCCAAUCGAGCGCGUCACAAAGAACGGUAUUGUCACUUCAGACGGAAAGACACAUGAGCUGGACGUUUUGAUCUACGCCACUGGCUUUGAUGCCAUCACCGGUGCAUUCAACUCCGUCGACUGGCAAGGGAAAGAUGGACGACCUCUUCUUGGGUCCAGUGAUACCAAGGAAGGCGAGAACGCGAUUUGGCUGGACCACCGUCCACGCACAUACUUGGGCAUGACAGCUUGCUCUAUGCCUAACAUGUUUAUGGUCCUGGGCCCCCACCAGCCCUUUGGAAACGCCCCUCGAACCAUUGAGCAUGCUGUUGAAGUUAUUUCCGACCUCUUGCAGCACUGCAAAGACAACAACUACGCCUAUGUGGAACCUACUACCGAGGCAGUUGAGUCAUGGACUGAUCACGUCAUUGAAUGCAGCAAAGGAGCACUGUCGAACGAGAUCGACAGUUGGAUGACUGGUGUGAACAAGAAUGUCAAGGGCAAGACUGUGCGGAGUGUGGCAAGAUACGCAGGUAAUGCGGUCGAAUAUCGUCGGAGGUGUGCAGAGUCCAAGGCUGCUGGCUGGAAGGGAUUGGCAUUUGCACAACUUUCAACAGCUGCCAGGCUUUGA